CUCUAGGAACUUGAAAAUGAGUGACAACAGCACAUUGGCCCCUCCAUCCUCAGGCCAGGGUCCCACCACUCCACGCAAGGCACCCCCUAAAUUCAAGCAGAGACAAACUCGACAAUUCAAGAGUAAGCCUCCUAAGAAAGGUGUGAAAGGGUUUGGAGAUGACAUCCCAGGCAUGGAGGGCCUUGGAACAGAUAUCACGGUCAUUUGUCCCUGGGAAGCCUUCAGCCACCUGGAACUACAUGAGCUGGCCCAGUUUGGAAUCAUCUAAGUCAAGAAAGUAGCUGUCAACUGUCGCCAAAAUUUCCUGUACCUUGGAAGUUUAUGUGUGACAUUACCAAUCUGUGAUGUGUCCAGAGGUUUAGCUGUUUUAGACUACUUUCUUCUUAAGCUCUCCCACAGAUUAAGCACUUCAAAUAUUAGUCACACCUAAGGAUUAAGGAUUAAGGAAAUGAACAUUUUGGUGUCAAACUUUCUGUUUUCAAAAUAGCUCAACUCUCAAAAUGGUAAAACUUUCUUCUGAGUGACUGAUUUACCUCAAGUGACUAGAUGAAGUUGUCUAAAAUGUAGCACAUGAAUACCUUAUCCAAGCCAGAAGAAACACAUCCAUGGCAAAGGUAAAGAGCAUAGUCAGUGGAAUUAUGCAUCUUUAGUACCCUAAAUUACAUCACUUUAGUUCACAUCUAUCUUCUCCCUUUAUCUAUACAGUCCACAAAAUGAGCUCAUGUUUGGUCCAGUGGAUUAGGACAAUGUUCUCAUAUUAUUUGUUCCUUCGAUUCCUGACUUUUUUGUAUUUUUCUGUAGGAAACUCUCUCAAUAGGAAGACAUUUCUGAGAACAUUGUAGAAAGGAUAUAGUACUACUUACCUAAGAAUGUGGAUGUUUGACAGCAAUUUUAAAAGCUUUAUGAUUUACACACUGAUAUAAAGUGAUAGCUUGC